AUGAUUGUCAAAGCUUCUUUCUCCACCUUGGCUGUGGCCACCCGGAGCGCCAUUCUGCUGCCCAGCACUUCGACAGCUGUCAUGACCACUACCAGAACAUACUCUUCUACGUCCGUUCUCAACAAGGCAUCUGCAUCAUCGUCGUCCAAGGAUAAGCCCAACUCACUGCUUCACACAUCUCAGCUCUCUCCCAGCGCACCGCCUCCCUCCAAGGAACCCUACUCCCCCGUCACAGUCGCCAUCGUCAAGGGCCUAGCGAAAUUGAUGGGCUACAACUCGCUUACAUCUACCUCGAUCCGAGUCACCUCGGACUUGUACGAUCGAUGUGCUGAACGAGCUCAUAUAGAGCGAGCUUUCUGGUACGGUGACUGCGCUCUACCGGAAACCUACCAGACCUGGUUCCAGAUUACGAAUCUUCACGUCUACCUGCUUCUCGCGCGUUUCCGAGCAUUCGACAAAGCGGCCAACAAGACGUACAGCCAAGAGUUGAUCAAUCACUUUUUCAUCGAUGCCGAGUCUCGUAUGCGCGAUCGAUUUGGUGUUCAGACGUCUAGACUCGUCAAAGGGUAUAUGCGCGAUAUGCACAUGCAGCAGCGCGGAUCGGUGCUCGGAUACGACGAAGGGUUGGCCAGUGGAGAUGCGACGUUGGCGCAGGCGGUGUGGAGGAACAUCUGGGGCGCUGGUUGGGGUACUGUGGCUGGCGUCAAGCGUAAGCUCGCAGGCGUCGAUAAAUUGGUCAAGGGCGAGAAGGACGAUCCGGAGGGUCAGCCGGUAUUGGCUAGGGAUGCUGCGAUUACGGAUCCAAGGAUCGCUUCGAGUCGCAAUGCAAGCGUCUACGCUCGAGCGGCUGCUGAAAGUCUCGGCGCUGAUCGCGCGAAUGCAGACGCUUCUACACUGGCUUCCCAAGCGCACAAUCCAGCUACGAUGCCAGCACCUGCCAACAUCCUUCCCGCCACCGACCCCCUUGCUGCUGCGCAUCCCGAGUUGGCUUUUCCCUACCACCUCCACCGCAUCGUCACCUUCAUUCGUGCCGAGUCGCUCCGCCUCGCAAACCUCUCCGACCGAGAAGUCAUGCUUGGCAGUUUGGAUCCCAAAUCACCACCAACAGCAACCUCUUCCGAACACACAUCAAAUGCCAACCUCAGCAUCGCUGCUUUCCGUCGUAUCUGA